AUGCCCGAAGUCAUCGAUGAUACCGCAGUGCACCUCACCGAGGUCGAUAUCGACCUUGACGUGCAAGAGAUCCUCCUUGCCGCAUCACAGCAUGACCAGUCCAAGCUGCGCCAGCUCCUCCGCACCCAAUCCAUGCUGCCAGACGCCGCAAACGUGAAAGAUACAGAGACCGGCUUCUCACCUCUGCACGCUGCAAUUGCCGCCUGCGAGCCCGACACAGAGAUCGUCGGCACCAAUGGCGCAGCUACCUCAAACUCGAAACCCAGUGUGGACACCGAGACCGUGAAAUCAGCAGUGGAGACGGUCAAGUUCCUCCUGCAGGAAGGCGCUAUCUGGAACGACCUCGACGCAAACAACGAGACACCCGGCUGUAUUGCGCGUCGCAUCGGCGCUCUCGAGCUAUACGAGUUAAUCGUCGACGCAGGUGUCCGCGCAGAGUUACUGCUGAACCGCCUUGACGCAUAUGAAGAGCUAUCCGAUGACGACGACGAAGAGGAGGAAGCUGAGGCUGAGGCUGAGGCUGAGACUGAGGCUGAGGCUGAGACAGCACCCGAACUCGUCGAUGCCUCCGCCGAGCCCGCGACAGAAACCACAACCACAGCCACCACAGCCAACCCCGAAGUGUCCAACUCGCAGUAUCUGGAGUCGCGUCUGAACAUCUCGAACGACCGGAUUCUGGACGCAGACCAGAACGGCGUGAUGAUGGCCUGGGAAAGCGAUAUCAUGCGCAAGUCCGCGAAAGCACUGCUCCCGACACCCGGACUGAGAGUUCUGAACAUCGGUCACGGGAUGGGAAUUGUGGAUGGAUUCUUCCAGGAACAGGGACCUGCUGUGCACCACAUCGUCGAGGCGCACGAGGAGGUUGUUACGGAGAUGAAGCGACGCGGGUGGGAUACCAAGCCCGGUGUUGUUAUCCACCAGGGUCGCUGGCAGGAUAUUCUUCCUGGCCUUGUUGCGGCUGGGGAGUCGUUCGAUGCUAUCUACUACGAUACGUUUGCGGAGUCUUAUGGUGAUUUCCGGGACUUCUUCUCUGAACUGGUUAUUGGGUUGUUGGAGCAGGAGGGUCGGUGGGGAUUCUUUAAUGGUAUGGGUGCUGAUCGUCAGAUCUCAUAUGAUGUCUACCAGAAGGUUGCGGAGAUGGACCUAUUCGAGGCUGGAUUUGAUGUUCAGUGGGAGGAUAUUGCUGUGCCCAAGUUGGAUGGUGAAUGGGAGGGUGUGCGUCGGGCUUACUGGGUUGUUGAUGAUUACAGAUUGCCCCUGUGCAAGUUCAUGGAUUAA